UAAUUCAAGCUUUGCACAGUAAUUGGCGACAAUAUUAUAAUAUCCUUGUGUAAACUGUAUAAGAGCAAGUGAAGCUUCUCCAGACUCGUCCGAUUCGUCAGUAACAAAAUGUCAUUCAUACGGAGUGGUGUAAUAUUGUUUUCCUUAUUGUUACCGAUAUGUGCAGAAUUUGUGUUCCCAAAAGUUAUAUUGCAAGCACUAACUCCUAAGGGGUUUAGAGCUAUUCUUAAUGAUGACCCGAAAAUAACAGCAUUCUACAUAGACGCCGCAUUCUAUCGGGAGGCAAUAUUUUCUGAAGAAUAUGUAGACCAACGCGUCAGAGGUUUUGGUACGAAGCAGGCGUACGGUUGGGUAUUCGAAGAGCCAGAUAUAACAGUCAAGUUGAAUAAAUACAUUGAGUAUAGAGUUUUCGUAUCAACCGGGUAUGGCAAUGUUGGUGGUAAAGACGAGGAUGGUCUGUCCACCCUCGUAAUGCGAGGAUAUGCCAGCCCUAAAUAUACGGAAAUGUUGAAAUCGUACGUAGACCCAUUAGCCCACGGGCCCUUGUGUCCCGAGUCCAUAACGAAGGUUCGGGGACGCCGCGUGUGCGCUGGCGAGACAAUAUUUGAGGACGACUUCAAUAGCUUUCAAGAAGACAAUUGGCAGAUCUCUCAUUACAUACCUAUCGAUCACCCGGAACAUCCAUUCGUAUCUUACCAACGUCUCCAGAAGGAUCCAACAGUGCUGGUGGCAAAUGGUACUCUCCGAAUCUCUCCCAAACUCCAACAAGAUUUAUUUGUGAAUACAAACCAAUCGAUAUUUUCAGGCACUUUGGAUUUGACUAGCGGCUGCACGGAGUUGCGAAUAUGCUCCAUGUCGGCUAUCGGAGUGGACAUAGUCCCUCCCGUGGUCAGCGGUCGCAUCACCAGCGCUCGCUUCGCGUUCACCUACGGCACUGUGUAUAUACGAGCUAAGGUGCCGCAAGGAGACUGGUUGUACCCAGAGAUUCUUCUCGAGCCGCUUUCAAAAAAAUAUGGCAACCUGAACUACGCUUCUGGAGUUUUGAAAGUAGCUAUGGUGCAUGGCAACACGGACAUUAAUAACGAGAGAUAUAGCAAUAACUGGCUUACUGGAGGUCCCAUUAUAAACUCACGAUGUCGCACUGCUCUUGAAGCAGCACAAUCUGAUGUUGAUUCAAUACCUUCAGUAACUUUAGAUGCGUCUGCGUACAUGAUAGGGGUCGCUAUUGCUGUAUCGUUCUACUUAACCCUCGGUGUCGCCGUGGGGGGUAUCGUAGAGUUCCCCGACGGUCUGACCACUGGGGAACAAUUAGCGAAGCCGUGGCGCAAUCGCGGCAGAAAGGCCGGCUUCUCCUUCUGGCAGGACAAGGAUAACUGGCAUCCGUCUUGGACUCAGCCGGAGUUGAUAAUAGACUACGUGAAAGUGAUUACACAAAUUUUUAUCAAACUUGAGAAAUUAAUUAUUUUAAUGUUAACAGAAUUGAAAUGGAGUCUUUCUCAUCACAUCUUUGACCUCAGUAUGAAAAUGGCGCUAAAGCUGAUCGGACGCAUUUUAAUUCUAUUUUUAGUAUUAGCUGGUGCAUCCGCACAGUUCAGUAUCCCCGAUGUGACAAUCCAGGCAUUCAAACCUAAGGGAAUCCGAGUUUCAAUACCAGAUGUUUCUUCAAUAUCGCUAUUUGUAUUCCAUGGGAAUAUAAAUAAAGGUAUAAAUAACACGGAUGUUGGUCAAAUAUCAGGAGAAAUCACAGCACCAACGAGUGGAAUAUGGGUGUAUGAAAACCUCGAUAUAGUCCUAAAACUCAAUGACGUCAUCCACUAUUAUGUUUAUGUUGUUAUCAAUAGAAAAGGCUAUGUUAAAGAUAACCUAGUAUUUGUAGUUAAAGAACUGGUGGAUCGACUGGCUCCAUGGUCGCCUUCAAAACCGCCUUCGCAAUGUCGGAGUACUCUGACACAAGUGCGAGAUGGCAAAGCGUGUGCUGGACAAGUUAUACUUGAAGAUAACUUUGAUACACUUAACGAAGAUUUGUGGUACAUCGAGCAGUAUAUACCCGAACAACCGGACUAUCCGUUUGUAUCAUACCAACGUCCACCAAAAAGUCAAACAGUACAAGUUAAGAAUGGAAAUUUGGAAAUAGCCCCUCAACUCCUUCAAAACUUACCGGGAUUUACCAACAAUUCGAUAUACUCCGGUACCCUCGAUUUAACGAGGAGCUGCACAAGAAGGACAAUGUAUUCUGGAUGCAGUAAAAGUGCUUGGGGACCGAACAUAUUGCCUCCAGUGGUGACCGGGAGAUUGACCUCAAAGCUCUCCUUUAAAUAUGGUCUAGUGGAAAUCAGGGCAAAACUGCCUCGUGGCGAUUGGCUUUAUCCAGAUAUCCUCUUGGAGCCCUUAUUGAAUAAAUAUGGGUUUAUGAAAUACGCAUCGGGAAUGAUAAGAAUCGCUGGAGCACGGGGGAAUAGUGAACUGAUGUUUGCAAAUGAAAAUAUUGGGAAUCAGCUUCUAUAUGGAGGACCAGUCAUGGAUUACAAAUGUCGUCAAUACUUCAUCAGAACAAAAUAUUCUGGGAUUCCUUGGUCUAACGAUUUCCAUCUUUAUGCUGUGCUGUGGGAACCAAGUCGAAUAACCUUAACCGUUGAUGGUGAGGAAUGGGCCCGUGUGGAGCCAGCAUCGAAUGGAUUGAAAGGUCUGCUGCCUUGGGACUGUCCACUACCCCGCGAUCUACUCAACGGUGGGACCAGCAUGGCUCCAUUUGACGAUUAUUUCUACGCAACAUUAGGGCUGUCAGCUGGUGGGAUAUCCGAGUUUCCAGAUGGCGUCUACACAUCUGGGUUUCACGCGAAACCCUGGAGAAACGGCGGUCUAAAAGCGAUGCUGAAGUUCUGGCAAGAUAUGGACGCCUGGUGGCCGACGUGGACAGAACCAUUAGUCAUUGAUUAUAUUCGAAUUAAGGCCCUUUAGAUUAGCGUUAGUUUACGUUAAUGAAACAUCUUUUUAUCCAUACGGAAUGCUUUAUAAUUUUGAUUUUUGCAUUAAAAAUUAUUGUUUUCAAUAAAACAAUAAGACAAUCGA